UCUUUCAUUAGUGGCGCGUGGGUUAUUUUACGCAUUGUGUUGUGUGAUUUGUCCGGAGUUAUCCCAGCGCUCGGAAAAGUUCAAAAAAAAAAAAAAAAAAAAAAUCUAAAGCAGGGGAAUGGCUGAAGACAAGCGUCUUACAUGUGGAUUUUUUUCUCGCUCUCUCUCAAUGCAUUAAAAUAGCUACUGUUUUGUGCAGCUGUGAAAAUGGCUGGAUGUUAUUUAUUAUAGUCUCUAAUUGAAUUAUUAUUAUUAUUUUUUUUUUUAUUAUUAUUAUUAUUAUUUUUAUCCAGACCAGACCGUGCAUGCUCUUCGUCGCGAUUUUGUGCGGCAUGAUUGUUGUAGGAAGUCUCUUGUGUGUGUGUGUGUGCGUGUGCGUGCGUUUUUUUUUCCCCUGUCUUUUUUUUCUCCCCCUCUUCGAGCCGGGCUAUUCAAACCUGCAGAUCUAAGUAAACAAUCAUUCGAGCUCUUAAUGCAAAUAAACGGAUGGCUUCUUUAAGGUGUCGCGCGACCCGUUUUAGUUUUUUAAGGAUUCAUUUCUGCGUGCAAAUUUGGGGGAUCUGCAGAAUAUGGCGUCUGGUUCCUUUAUAAAAAUAAAGACAGGCUGCCAUUUUUGUUUUCCUUUUGUCUGAAUUUUUUAAUAAAACUGUCUGAGAAUGUGGGAGAGGCGGCCCAGGCAGCGCGCGCAUCGCGCUUUUCCUCCAGCCUCCAAACCAGGGUUUGUUUGGUUUUUUUAUCCGUUUUUUUGCCUUUGCGUUUGAUUUACGUGUGUAUAUUUUGUAUUUAUAAAAAGAGGUGACAGUAAAACUUCCAGGAUGCCGAUAGAUUGAAAGGAGAAAAGUUAAGUAGCCCAAGUUAUGAUCACGGCUUUCAUCGGGGAUUUUAAUUCGACAGUCGGAGACGCUUUAUUGUAUCAUGGCUGAGCCACGGUUUAAUAACCCAUACUUCUGGCCUCCGCCUCCUGCAAUGCCUGGUCAGCUGGACAACCUCGUUCUAAUUAACAAGAUCAAAGAGCAGUUGAUGGCUGAGAAAAUCAGACCUCCACACCUGCCCCCUACUUCAGUCCAAUCCCAGCAGCCAUUGCUGGUUCCCCCGACAUCUUCGGAAGGUGGGACGCACAGCAUGGCAGUGUCCAAGCUUCAGCAGAUGCCCGGGCUUCCUCAUAGUCCAACACAGCCUGACGUGGCCCUCCACGCCCGACCUGCGUCCAGCUCUGUCGCAGGACGCAUUCUCGGAGACGUGAACUUGAACCUGGAUGACAAGGCGGCUUUAAAAGCGAGAGGACUGUGGGAAGACUGGCAUUUACGACAGAUUAUAGACCAGCCAUCAAGAGUGAACCAUCUGUCAGGUAUAGCGCUGUCGUCUCGUACCGGCAACCAGAACACGUCAGAGGCCGUGACCCUGGGCACGCCCACAUCCUCCAGCAGCAGCCACGCACGCCUGGGAUCAGCGCCUUCCGCAAACCUCCUCUCAGGGUUGGCCAGCGCCGUCGGGGCGGAGCCAAUCAAACACAGCGGUGGGCUAGUGGGACUACUGGGACCACCCCCGAAAAGCGGAGGACGAGGCCGCAAGAAGAUCAAAGCGGAAAAUGCGUCCGGUCCUCUGCUGGUUGUACCUUACCCCAUCCUGGCUUCGGGAGCCGACCAGUCGUCUGUAACGAUCACAGCCAAAGAGGGCAAAACGUACAGGUGUAAAGUUUGUCCACUGACUUUCUUCUCCAAGUCAGACAUGCAGAUUCACUCCAAGUCUCACACGGAGGCCAAGCCCCACAAAUGUCCUCACUGCACCAAGUCGUUCGCCAACGCCUCCUAUCUGGCGCAGCAUCUACGCAUCCACCUGGGGGUGAAGCCUUAUCACUGCUCGUACUGCGAGAAAUCCUUCCGCCAACUCUCGCACCUACAGCAACACACCAGAAUCCACACGGGUGAUCGGCCGUAUAAAUGCAUCCAGCCGGGCUGCGAUAAAGCCUUCACACAGCUCUCCAAUCUGCAGUCUCACCAGAGGUCACACAAUAAAGACAAGCCUUACAAGUGCUCCCACUGCUACCGCGCCUACUCCGACUCGGCCUCCCUGCAGAUUCACUUAGCCGCUCACGCCAUCAAAAAUGCCAAGGCAUACUGCUGCAGCAUGUGUGGCCGAGCCUACACCUCCGAGACCUAUCUGAUGAAGCACAUGUCUAAACACACAGUAGUGGAGCACCUCGUGACUCAGCACUCGCCGCCCAGGAACGAGUCUCCCAGCAUCCCCAUCCGCAUCUCGCUGAUCUGAACCCAGUCCGUUUCCCCCCUCCCCCUUCAUCCUCUUCAGAUCAGCGCGUCCGUUUUUUCACUUCAUCAUUCCUUGGUUUCUGGGAAAUACGUGUUAGACUGCGUUAAUAACACAACACCUCGCGCUGAACGAGUUGUCGUUUUAGUCAUUUUUGUUCGCAGUAUCGCUCUCUCUCCCUAUCUCUGCGUGGAGUUUUAGAGCGAGUUGGACGAGGAAACAGUAGGGGCAUCCAAAGACAGUUUUUGCAGCACUUUGAGGCCUUGUGGCUAAAAAAAACAAAACAACAAUAUUCAGUCUAACUGUUGGACAGUAAAAAUGCUAUAGUUCUUGGCAGCUAAAAUUUUUUUUUUUUUUGGACAUUAGAUGUUAUACAGUUAAAAAACUGUCUUGUUUACAUCCAGUGGUUAUAAACUCGUAUGCUGAGACCUUUUAGAGCACGGACCAAGUCCAACAUUGUUUCCUGAAUCUUCUGUCUUCUGG